AUGUUCACCUCAACGUCUUCGAGAAAGCUUGGGCAGCAUGCAACCGGCAUCAUGUCCUUUGUUAUGCACGAAAUUAUCUAUUUCGGCCGAGCCCUCCCAUUCAUAAUAAUGGACAAGAUUCCAUACUUCCGCAAAUACAAGAUCCAAGCACACAAGAUGCCAACCCUCGCCGAGCAAUGGCAGUGCGCCAAACUCGUCCUUCUAUCACAUUUCACCGUCGAACUGCCUCAGAUAUGGCUAUUCCACCCAACCGCACAAUACUUCGGAAUGUCGACUAGUGUUCCGUUCCCCUCGUGGCAGACCAUGGCCUUUCAGAUCGCAGUCUUUUUCGUUUUGGAGGAUGCAUGGCACUACUGGUUGCACCGAGCUCUACAUACUCCCAUGCUCUACAAGAAAAUCCACAAGCUUCACCACCAGUACAGUGCUCCUUUCGGACUGGCGGCAGAGUAUGCCUCACCCAUCGAGACGAUGAUUCUAGCUUUCGGGUCGGUCGGAGUACCUAUUAUUUGGGGCGCCGUGACGCAGAACCUACACAUCCUGACCAUGUACAUAUGGAUCAUCCUCCGACUUUUCCAGGCCAUCGACGCGCAUUCAGGCUACGAGUUUCCUUGGAGCUUGCACCACGUCUUGCCUUUCUGGGCUGGUGCCGAUCACCAUGAUGUUCACCACGAGAAGUUUUUGGGCAAUUAUUCCAGCUCUUUCAGGUGGUGGGACUAUGUGCUAGGCACUGAGGUCGGAUCAGCCAGUAAUAAGCAGGCUAAGCAGAAGAAGGCUGCGUCGGUCAAGACACAGUAG